AGAAAGAAGUGAGACAGAGAAGCACGAUGGAUGAAUUCAGAUGGAUUCAAAUGUUUUUAUGUCUGAUGAUUCAGAUUGCAGUAUCUGUAAAUGAAACAUCGAUUUUUAUGAAAGUUGGAGAUGACGUCACUCUACUUUGUCUAAAUGUGAUAGAUGAGCAGAAUAACUGUGAUGGGACUACGUGGAUCUUUACUUCAACAAACAAACCAAGAACAGUAGAGCUGAUCACACUUGGACAGAUUGGUGAAGAAGCCAAAACUCAAUCAGACAGACUGAGAGUUACAGCGAACUGUUCUCUGCUUAUAAAGAAGCUCACAGUCGAGGAUGUUGGUCUUUAUUACUGUCAACAAUACAAAGUCAAAGAAACACCAUCUAAACACACUCUGGUUCAUCAGUCUUUUGUUCAUGUCGCUGUUAUUACCUUGACUGAACAUAAGGACAUUGAUAAGGGGACGCUAAACUGCUCUGUGCUGACAUAUGGAGAGUGUCAUCAGACAGUGAUGUGGCAAAUUAAAGAUUCUUCUGUAUCUUUGAGGUCCAUUAUUGUCUCUGUGGGGUUAGCAGCAACUUUAAUAACUGCUGUGUCAGUCAACAUAUGGACAAGAACUAAAGGGAACACGACCAAGAUGGAUAAAACAAUACAUUAUGAUCAAGAUGAUGUUACAAUUAACUAUGAAAACAUCGGGGUUUCUGCUGCUUCAGUCAGAUUCAACUGAUCAACUUGGCUUUUAUAUUACCAGUAUCAUCUCAUCCAGUUUUAUAGAUUAAAUAGUAUAAAAUAGAGAAGUUUAUUCAAUGUAAGUCGUUCCCAUUAAGUUGAUUCAGCUCAUCUGCGUGUUUUGCUUUCAGUGGGUGAAAUGUGUCAUCAUUCACCCUUCUUUACUCUUCUUCAGUCACUCGGAUAUUUGACGAAACAUGUUCCCCUCAAACCGCUAUGAUCUGAUUGAGCAUGUAUCAAGACCAUAUACAUAGUUGUUUUGUGUUUCAAUAUUCUGAUUAUGGAUUUAUAUUAUGGAUAUUCAGGUCUUGAACUUGUAUGAGUUUUAUUACAUCCUGUUCAGACCUUCACUCACAUCUUUGAUUGAAUAGACUUAGAAGAAGAGGAGUCGAGGAUGUACAAACCGAGAAAUAGGUAGCCAAUAAACAAGUUUCACAAUUAACUCUCUUCUAUGUAUACCUAUUCUCUAGCUCCACUCUAAACCUAUCUACCCAUUUGACCUACUUGACCACAGUUUCUCUUUUACAUUUGUUAAUAAACCACAUAA